AUGUCAGUAUUUUACCCAUCCCUUGAGGAUAUGACAGUGGAUCAGUAUAUUGUGUCUCACAGACAUCCAUCACACCCACUUCCAACUGCUCCAGCAUAUUAUUAUGCUCGUGAUUCACAAAAUGUAAGUAAUAAUAUAACAAAUGUACCAAUAUAUGAAGCUAUUGGUAAUGAUGAUAAGGGUAGAAAAAAAGAAUUGGGUAGGCAUUGUAAUGAAAAUUUGAUGCAAUUUGAUGCUUCAAAAUUUAAUACUGAUAUGUGUGGUGAGGACAUUACAACAAUACCAAGAAAUAAUCCUGAACAAACUAUUAUUUCAUGGAAUAAUGAUGAUAGAAGAGUAAUCCAAAGUAAUGGUGGUAUACAUAGUGAUGUAACUGAACAACUACCAAAUGGAGCAUUAAUGGUGGCACCAGUUAGUAUGUUAUCAAGUUCCUUAUCUAAGUCUGUUGUCCAUCAUGGUGUUAGGACGACAACAUUAUAUAAAGAAAAAAAUGGUAGAGUUGGUAUAAGAUUAAGAUGUAUUAAUAUGGGGAUGUUUGUACAAUUUGUUGCUGAAGACUCUCCCGCAUCAAUUGGUGGUAUACGUUUUGGUGAUCAAAUUUUAGAAAUUAAUGGUAUUGAAUUACUAGGAUUAUCAGAAAAUGAGGCAAUGGACUUAUUAAAUUCAUCUAAAGAUGAACAGACAUUAGAUCUUGUCAUAAGAGAUAGACCAUUUGAGAGGACAAUUACUUUACAUAAAAAUAAUGUUGGUUCCUUGGGAUUUGCCUAUGCUGAUAAUAAGAUCACCCAUAUUAUUAAAAGUACAUCUGCAUCUCGUAAUGGAUUACUAAUAAACCAAAGAAUUCUUGAAGUUAAUGGGCAAAAUGUAAUUGGAUUUAAAAGUCCACAAAUGAAAAAAAUUCUUGAUGAAGCUGAGCAAACAGUAACAUUAACAAUUAUAAGUAAUGAGAUGUAUAAUGAAUUAUUAAAAAAUGUAUCAUGGAGUUUGAUAUUAAAGAAACAGGACCAUUCUGCUCCAGAAUAA